CUAUACAAAAUGUAAUGAUAAAUGUCAAUGCUACUAAUCAUGUUCUCUCUGCACAGACCGGAAACGGACGAUUUAGCUGUGAUGACAAGCAACCUCAGCCGGGAAAAAUUAACCAAAUUCUUCCUUUACAGCGUUCUCUUAACCUUAUUUCCACAGAUGCAGUACACAAGAAUCCAGCCGAUCCUGUCAUAGAGGGGCUGGUAGGUAUGAAGUUUCUUCUGCAUCGGAAAACAUGGCGGAUUCAGAUAUCCUUUAUUGAAGCAGCAGCAUUGCACUACUGGGAGCUAGCUGAGCACAUAAGACACGGCCAGAGCACUGAGAGAUAUCAGGUAUUGAUGUAACUGGAGUGAAUAAGGGAACCUUCUUCCUGUGACAUUGGAGCCUGUUAUCAGCAUGAACUCAUAUGUGUUAGACAAACACGUCAAUAUUUCAUAUCUAUCCUUCACUACAGUCUUAGACACCAAUGACUAUUCACAAACUUUGGAGAUAUCACAGCAGAAAUUUAAAGGAGAUGGUGAAUUGGCAGGAACUGAGCAGCAAUCAGUAUGUACAGAGAGUAAUUUAGUCAUCAAACAAGAGGACAACAUUUAUGCCUUAUCUAGUGAAAUUAUUUUCCCUGAGGAUAAACCACACACAUUUACAGAGUUUUCAAAACAUAUUAAAGAAAGGAAAAGUCUACAGUCUUGCCAAAUGAUUCAUACAAAGGAGAAAAAAAAUCAAUGUACAGAGUGUGAGAAAAGCUUUAGAUGGAAGUCUCGUCUACUAGAACACUACAGAAGUCACACAGGUGAGAAACCAUACACAUGUACUAAGUGCGGUAAAUGCUUUACACAAAUGAAUCAACUGAAAACUCAUGGAUGGAUUCACACAGGAGAAAAGCCUUUCACGUGUACAGAGUGUAAAAAAAGUUUUACACAAAAGAGUGAUCUGAAAAAUCAUGAAAGGAUUCAUACAGGGGAAAAGAUUUUCACAUGUACAGAGUGUGGAAAAAGUUUUACACAAUUAGGUAGUCUGAAAAGUCAUAAAAGGAUUCACACAGGGGAAAAGCCUUUCACAUGUACAGAGUGUGGAACAAGUUUUACAGAAAAGAGUACUCUGAAAACUCAUGAAAGGAUUCACACAGGAGAAAAGCCUUUCACAUGUACAGAGUGUGGAAAACGUUUUACACGAAUGGCUUCUCUGAAAAUGCAUGAAAGGAGUCACACAGGGGAGAAGCCUUUCACAUGUACAGAGUGUGGAAAACUUUUUAAACAAAAGAGUCAUCUGAAAACUCAUGAAAGGCUUCACACAGGGGAGAAGCCUUUCACAUGUACAGAGUGUGGAAAACGUUUUACACAAAUAAUUAGUCUGAAAACUCAUGAAAGGAUUCACAAGGGAAGAGACCUUUCACAUGUUUAGAAAGUGGAAAAAAGGUUUAUUAUUGAAAUCAUGUAUCACAAAACACCAAAUAUUUACACACAAAUAAACUUUAUAAACACAGUGUACAAACAUUUUUACAAUUAUCGUAAAGAGGACAAACUCUAUAAAUGGAAGCAUCAAAAUGGAUGUUAUUGUAAAUAAUACUUUAUAAAUCCCAGUUAUAAAAGCCCCAGAUUGGAAGUGUUCUUCUGCUGUCCUUUGUUCCUCUAUACAUGUGCACCUCAGUUUCUCUCAUAUAAAUGUGAUAGAAUCCAAACGCCACACAGGAAUAUACAGAUCUGUCCUCAUACUGACCAGUUUACACAACCAUUCCCCACUAAAGCACCCCCAGUGUUGUUUAUUAAUAUGCCAGUGUUAGGAGUUGUAUGUUUGUUUUACAUAGCGGAUAAAAUAAUUACAUUUACAGAAUAAAAGAGUCUUUAUAUGAAUAGAGUGUUAGAGAAAUAUAUAAACAAGAACAUCAGUCUCAUAUGAUUGACAUCUGGGAGAUAUAUUUAAUGUGCAGAUCAUGUGGAUAAACUUUUUCUUAUAGCAAUAGAUACUUAGCAUUGCACAUGUUAUAUACCAGAGGAAUUACUGAGGGGAAACUGAUUUUAUUUAAUGAGACACAAUAUCAGUAACCGGUACAUACGUGAUCAUAAUCAGUUUAAUUUAAAUGGCUACUAUAACCUACAUGUAUACUGGGUAUGUAAUAUGUGUGUCAUGUGAUCAUAAUCAGUUUAAUUUAAAUGGCUACUAUAACCUACAUGUAUACUGGGUAUGUAAUAUGUGUGUCAUGUUCUGUAACUUGAUAUUAUGUCUGUUAGACGUUUUCAUGUUAGUUAGAAGCCACAAGAACUGAUAAUAGCACAUACUGUAUAUAUAAAGGGAACAUUAUAUGUCUGAUAAAUCCCUUUGUAUCAAGAGCACAAGUGUUAGGUAUAUUUAUACCAUUGUGUGCAUAUAUCAUGUAAUGCUGCUGUUUACUAUAUAAUGAUAUACAAUGUUUUUUUUCAUGCAAAUAAAAAGUGAUUGUAAUCCA